CGGCAGGCGACGGCGGUUAGAGAAUAACAAUCAGAAGUUGGUCAUAACUAACGUCCAACAAUCAGACAGUGGGCGCUACACAUGUGUCGCAGAGAAUGAAAUUGGUCGAGACAGGAUAUCAGCCUAUCUACUUGUGAUAGUGCCACCAGUCAUUACUUCUAUGGUGCCUAAUGUUUUUGUGUCUUUUGGAAAAUGCAUUUGGUUGCCAUGUGAUACAGAAGGUGCCCCUCCACCAAACAUUGAAUGGUACAGAGACGGUGUCCGUGCCUUUACAAAUUUGCCCAAGUACCAAGUGCACGUCAAUGGUUGGCAGGUCUGCGUUUGAAUGCCAAACACCAAAAGUGAAUCUGAAACUAGAGAUCACUUGGAUGAAAGAUUUCUCUGAGAUGCUGACUAACAAUAGAAAGACUGUGAUCUCGAGAGAUAAAGCAACAUUAAGCAUUAGAGAGUUAGAGCCAUUUGAUGAGGGUGAAUAUGCUUGCAGUGCAAAGAACCUUGUCGGAAGCAACAGCUCAACAGGAGAGCUUCAUGUCAUUGUUCCUCCAGAUGUUUGCUCUCAAAACAAUUACAUUACUGUACGGCAAGGCUUCACAGCAGUUCUCAACUGCUUUGCAUCUGGUAAUCCAACGCCUACCAUAGAAUGGUUUCAAGGCUCGGAACAACUAAUCAGUGAUGGCAGAAAAUACAAUGUAUUGGGACAGGGAACUGGCACUCUUCAAAUUAUUAAUGCUCAGAAUGAUGAUUCAGGACAUUAUCAGUGUGUUGCAGUCAACCGUGGUGGUGAAAGCACAAUGAACUUUACUGUUGUUGUGUACUACUCGCCUCUUAUUGUUUCUCCACUUGUCACUCAAGAGGUUCGAUUCGACACCACAGAUUACAUGGUUGAUCAGGAUGAUCAAAGACUGUUGGGUGAUGAUAGAGUUCAAGUAUUGGAUGGUUUUGAGGUGAUCUCCUCAGCUCAGCCAGGUGAUGCAGGAAGAUAUACAUGUGUAGCUACAAACACAGUUGGUCGCUCAAGAGCGACAACCACUUUGGAUGUGAUAAUUGCUGCUCUCAUUGGAGACACGAUAAAUGGCACAGCUGUGUUGCUAUUGGUAAUACUUGAAAUUUCAUACACAGUUCCUCUCUCAAUUGAUGUUGGAUUUACACCUCAGUCAAUACUUUCUGGCCGGUGUCUAAAGCUGCAGUGUGUUGGCUCUGGCAAUCCACUGCCUGUUGUACGGUGGAGCAAAAAUGGCAUCCAGCUGCAGCAUUCAAGUGAUGUGGAGAUAUCUGACAACGGCACACGACUAACUAUAUGUUCAGUGGAAGCAUCAGAUGCUGGAUUAUACAUGUGUAUUGUUUCUAAUGAAGUCGGCCAAGCCAAUGUGUUGGCUAGAGUUGAUGUGAUUGUUCCUUUGAGGAUUGUUUCUGUACUUGAUGUAAUUGAUGGUAUUGUCGGUGCUGAUGUCUGGCUGCCAUGUGAUGCUACUGGAAAUCCACGCCCUCGCAUAACGUGGUAUAAGGACAACAAGUUGAUUAACUCCGCAGCACUGAAAUAUCAUGUUUAUACAAACGGUACUCUUCAUGUCAAAAAUUUAGGGAGCGUUGAUUCUGGUGUCUACAAGUGUGUGGCUACUAAUGUUGGUGGAGAACAUGUCAAUGUGACUGUAGACGUUCAUUUUGGUCCAACGUUUACUACUACCAGUCUUACGUACAACUUGUUGGUUGAUAGUGAUGCUGUCUUUAUUUGCUCUGUUUCUGUGAAUCCAUCUCCUGUUAAUUUUGUCAUCCCUCUCGUUAGCUAUUCCCCUCGUCUAGAUUAUGGUGGAUACCAACCGCAGUCUCGUGGUGUGUAUCAAGGCAGAGGUGGUGGCGGAGGACCAGGAUAUGGAGGUCAGUCUCAGUAUGGAUCUGGUGAACCAUACUAUGGCGGCGGCGGUGACUCAGUUGGAUGUGGAGGACCACCGCCACCAAGAGGAGGAGCCUAUAGUGCCAAUAGAGGAGGUCUAGGACACUCAUAUGGUCGAGGAGCCGGUGGCUCUCAAAUGGGAGGCCGAGGUCGAGGAGGUGGUUUUUCAGGGGGAAGAGGAGGCAGAGGUAGAGGAAUGGAUGGGGAAGAGGUGGUUAUGGCACAGGAGGAGGAGGUCGUGGUGGUUAUAGCUCAGGAGGUCAUGGCAACUACAUGGGACAUGGAGGCUAUCGCUGACAACUUUAGUGAAACUGACCUUGAACUGAGUGUUUUGUCAAUGAACAGAGCACAGCUCUUGCACAAAGCCACAAUCGGCGUUGUGUUCUUUUCGCUCUCUCAGCUCUCCAGUCCAAUCGCAUCCGUGUGUAGACUGGUCACACUUUAUGAUCAGAUCUUGAAUUUCUCGGUCGCGUUUCUUGUCAGGGAAACAGUCCCGAACGAUAACCUCCUUGCGACACUGUGGACACUGAAGUUUAUCGCCUCUGGCGGAAGCCAGCAAGCAAUCAUGGCAGAACUCGUGCCCGCAUUUGGUGAGCGUUGCGUGUUUGAGGACAUCGUGACAAAUAGGACACUUGUGACUGUCGUCGAGGCAUUUUACGAAAACUACGUUUUCGGCCAUGCGUUUGUCAAAUAUGCGGGGGAGCUGGAAAAAGCCCGGACUGCAUGUGAACGAAUUUUUUGUCUACUCUCUUGCGUCAUGACGAUAUCGAGGCUGCAAGCGACUCAGUGCUUCUGUCUCGUACUGCUCUGGUGGUGUCCGUCAUCGCAGCAGCAGACAGAUGAUGUAGACCGAGUGGUACCGUAUUCAACCCAGGAAUGGCCGCCAGCGUCACUCACGUUUGUCUUCGACAUAACGGGAAGCAUGAACGACGACUUGGAGCAGGUGAAGAAGGGCGCCAAUGCUAUCUUCCGAGCUAUUCUGUCGCAGAGUGAUCUACCGGUCCAGGAUUUUAUUCUCGUUCCAUUUCAUGAUCCAGAGGUGAACAAAAAACUGGUGACCGUGACGAGAAGUACGUAUCUGUUUAAAAAGGCAUUGGACGAUAUGUACGUGGAUGGUGGGGGUGACUGUCCCGAGAUGGCCAUAUCUGGUAUUCAGCUCGCUCUGCAAGUGAGUCGACCUGGCUCUUUUCUAUUUGUAUUCACGGAUGCCAGCGCCAAGGAUUAUAACUUGACGGAUACUGUUAUCAGUGAGAUCCAGUCAACGGGGAGUAGCGUGGUUUUUGUACUGACCGGCGACUGUGGUUAUCGCUCUGGUCCCGAGUAUGAUGCAUUCAAGAGAAUUGCUACUGCUUCCACAGGAGAAAUUUUUCAAGUGAAAAAGAAUGCUGUCGACCAAGUGAUUAAAUAUAUUGAUUUGACUGUGCAAGCACGCGUCGUCAAUCUAUUCUAUGCGAGCGGAUUGAAAGCCGGGGAGCGCACAUUCUACUUUCCAGUCGAUUCGUGUCUUUUGGAUUUAUUGGUAACAGCCACAGCCAAUGGAACUGCUGAAGAAAUCGAUGCAGUGGAAAAUGAAAUCAGAAUUCAUCUUGUGGACCCGGCAACGAAGUCAGACUAUCCUUUCGACAUCAACGAGAAGGCAGUAAAAGUUAUAAAAGUAGACAAACCAGAAGUAGGUCAAUGGAAGUUAGAAGUUAUGUCACUUCUGCCAUAUUCUGUGACUGUCAGCGGACGCUCAGUUUGUAAUUUCAAAGUGUCGUUUACGUACAAAGGAUCUCCAGGAUCUUACUAUGUUCGGCCUGUAGUUGGUCAGUCUGUGAGUAUUGUUUUAAACGCUACAGAACCACCGGGUGAUGCUACGAAUUUGACAUGUACUUGUCAGAAUGCUCAAGUCACUCAUCUUAACUUGAUGCAUCUGAAUGGAAAUCGCUUGCAGAUACUUCCUGUUGACUGGAAUGUCAGCAACUUGUUUAGUGCUCUCGACAAAACGACUUUUAUAGCCCCUAAGGAUGAGUUUCUGGUUGUAAUAGUUGGCUAUGAUGAACAUGGAUACCAUUUUCAGAGAAUUUCGUCUACAGUAGUUCCUGGUCAAGCAGAUGCUCCUGUUGCGAUAAAUCCACAGACUGGUGUGAUAUGGGCUUUUAUGGCAGAGCCUCUUGAGCUGCUCUGUCGUUUUAGCAGUAUUGUGUCUGUAACUAUAGUUUGGUACAAAAGUGGGCAGCCUUUGGACACAAGCAAUGAUCGAUAUGUGUUCUACAAUGAUGGCCGUUUGGUUAUUUUGAAUGUAACACGUGCUGAUGAGGGCAUUUACCAUUGUGAGAUACAAAGCAGAGAAGGGAAUGUCGAUGGAUUUCCUCUUAAUGUUACUAUCGCUCAAGCACCCGUGGUUAUUGAUGGACCUGUAAAUUUAUCAGUGGCUCCUGGACAUGAUGCAGUAAUUGUGUGUCAAGUCAUCGGGGCUCCUACUCCUACUGUAGAGUGGUUGAUCAAUGGAUCAGUACCUAGAUACAACCCACGUGUUGACAUAGAAAUUUUUGAAACCAUUCCAUUGGCUAUCUAUUCAAUAACCAAUAUUCGGCCAGAAGAUCAAGCUGAUCUCACUUGCCUUUCAAAGAAUAUUGCUGGGGAAACGCGUGUCACAGCAAAGAUUGAAGUCCAAGCCGGACCAAAAAUUGUGGUAUAUCCAAAACAGCUUGUGCGUCAUGAUGGCGAGAAUGCCACGUUUACUUGCAAAGGAGAGGGUCUUCCAUCUCCAACCAUUGACUGGUAUCGAGGCAACACAAGGUUGAGCAGUAUCAAGGUGUCAGUUCUCGAGAAGCAACUGACUUUAGCAUCAGUGCAAGUCAAAGAUCAAGGUGUAUACACGUGUGUUGGAACAAAUCUGUUGGGCUCUAAAAAUGAGACCGUACAUCUACAAGUCCAUGUUGUUCCUCGUAUCACAAAGGAACCUGUUGAUACCAACGUAUUAUUUAUGCAGACUGUAAUGCUCGAAUGUAUUGCUGUUGGGAAUCCUCGUCCAACGAUAGUGUGGCUACACAGAGGUGAACCACUCAAACUCGACGGCAGGCGACGGCGGUUAGAGAAUAACAAUCAAAAGUUGGUCAUAACUAACGUCCAACAAUCAGACAGUGGGCGCUACACAUGUGUCGCAGAGAAUGAAAUUGGUCGAGACAGGAUAUCAGCCUAUCUACUUGUGAUAGUGCCACCAGUCAUUACUCCUAUGGUGCCUAAUGUUUUUGUGUCUUUUGGAAAAUGCAUUUGGUUGCCAUGUGAUACAGAAGGUGCCCCUCCACCAAACAUUGAAUGGUACAGAGACGGUGUCCGUGCCUUUACAAAUUUGCCCAAGUACCAAGUGCACGUCAAUGGUACUUUACGUAUUUGCAAUGCUGCUGAGUCUGACUCAGGCACUUAUAUGUGUAUUGCUCGUAAUCGGGGAGGUACAACUAAUGCAACAACAGUGUUAGACAUACAAGUUAAGCCUACUAUUAAUCCUCGGUUGCCUGAUUUGUGGGUGCUUGCUGGAGAAACAGCAACGUUUGAAUGCCAAACACCAAAAGCAAAUCCGAAACCAGAGAUCACUUGGAUGAAAGAUUUCUCUGAGGUGCUGACUAACAAUAGAAAAACCGUGAUCUCGAGGGAUAAAACAACAUUAAGCAUUAGAGAGUUAGAGCCAUUUGAUGAGGGUGAAUAUGCUUGCAGUGCAAAGAACCUUGUUGGAAGUGACAGCUCAACAGGAGAGCUCCAUGUCAUUGUUCCUCCAGAUAUUCGCUCUCAGAACAAUUACAUUACUGUACGGCAAGGCUUCACAGCAGUUCUCAACUGCUUUGCAUCUGGUAAUCCAACGCCUACCAUAGAAUGGUUUCAAGGCUCGGAACAACUAAUCAGUGAUGGCAGAAAAUACAAUGUAUUGGGACAGGGAACUGGCACUCUUCGAAUUAUUAAUGCUCAGAAUGAUGAUUCAGGACAUUAUCAGUGUGUUGCAGUCAACCGUGGUGGUGAAAGCACAAUGAACUUUACUGUUGUUGUGUACUACUCGCCUCUUAUUGUUUCUCCGCCUGUCACUCAAGAGGUUCGGUUUGACAGUCGAGUUGUCUUUCAGUGUGUGGCAAGCGGUAAUCCACAGCCACAGAUUACAUGGCUGAAGGAUGAUCAAAGACUGUUGGGUGAUGAUAGAGUUCAAGUAUUGGAUGGUUUUGUGGUGAUCUCCUCAGCUCGGCCAGGUGAUGCAGGAAGAUAUACAUGUGUAGCUACAAACACAGUUGGUCGCGCAAGAGCGACGGCCACUUUGGAUGUGAUAGUUGCUGCUCUCAUUGGAGACACAAUAAAUGGCACAGCUGUGGUGACUGGCUCUAGAACUCUUUUACCAUGUCCAGCCAGUGGUAUUCCACCUCCUGUAAUUCACUGGGAACGAAAUGGGUGGCGUUUGGACAUCGAUGGGCGUAAAUAUCAGAUUUUUUCAAAUGGAUCUUUGCUAAUAAAUAACGUUCAAGUUGAUGACAGUGGCGAUUACAAGUGUGUUGCUACAAAUCGAGGUGGUGUUGACGUAAUAGAAAUCUCAAUAGACGUUCUUUUUCCUCCCUCAAUUGAUGUUGGAUUUACACCUCAGUCAAUACUUUCUGGCCGGUGUCUAAAGCUACAGUGUGUUGGCUCUGGUAAUCCACUGCCUGUUGUACGGUGGAGCAAAAAUGGCAUCCAGCUGCAGCGUUCAAGUGAUGUGGAGAUAUCUGACAACGGCACACGACUAACUAUAUGUUCAGUGGAAGCAUCAGAUGCUGGAUUAUACAUGUGUAUUGUUUCUAAUGAAGUCGGCCAAGCCAAUGUGUCGGCUAGAGUUGAUGUGAUUGUUCCUUCGAGGAUUGUUUCUGUACUUGAUGUAAUUGAUGGUAUUGUCGGUGCUGAUGUCUGGCUGCCAUGUGAUGCUACUGGAAAUCCACGCCCUCGCAUAACGUGGUAUAAGGACAACAAGUUGAUUGAUACCGCAGCACUGAAAUAUCAUGUCUACACAAACGGUACUCUUCAUGUAAGAAAUUUAGGGAGCGUUGAUUCUGGUGUCUACAAGUGUGUGGCUACUAAUGUCGGUGGAGAACAUACAGUCAAUGUGACUGUAGACGUUCAUUUUGGUCCAACGUUUACUACUACCAGUCUUACGUACAACUUGUUGGUUGAUAGUGAUGCUGUCUUUAUUUGCUCUGUUUCUGCGAAUCCAUCUCCUGUUGUGAUGUGGUACAAGGAUGGGUCUCGACUGUACGGCGAUAUGCGCAUUUCUAUCUCGUCAGAUGGAACGCGACUGACGGUAGCAGAUAUUCGACCGGAAGAUGCUGGUACUUAUAUGUGUGUAGCAAGCAACUACAUCAGUUCAGUGAGACAUUCGGGCACUCUGAAAGUUAUUGUAUCUGCUAGAAUUUUGUCAACUGUUGAUCAUGUUGGUGCUGUUCGUCGCCUAUCUGUGUGGUUGCCUUGUGCUGCUCGUGGAAUCCCCACUCCUCGUGUAUAUUGGGUGAGGCAAGGAGAGGAGAUUUCUAAUUCCAGUAAGUAUGUGACUUUUAACAAUGGAACGUUGAGAAUAAACAACUUGGAGACGGCAGAUGGUGGUUUGUAUCGCUGCUUUGCUACUAAUGAAGGAGGCAUGGACACAAAGAAUGUAACACUGGAUGUGCAGUACGGUCCAUAUUUCAACUUGGGUCUAGAUGAUCAAGAGGUUAUGUCUCAUAGUGAUGCCAUCUUUUUAUGUGCUGUUGAAGGCAAUCCAGUGCCUACUAUUACAUGGACUAGAGAUGGUCAAGUGCUGUCAUCUUCGGUAAACAGAAUUAGCAUCCAAUCAGACAACUCCAUACUUGUUGUGCAAGAUGCACGUCCAUCUGAUGCAGCAUACUAUACUUGUACAGCUCAGAACACAGUCACUAACAUGGCUGUUACUCACGUCAUGAGAGAAUCAUCGACAGCAAAACUGGAUGUUGUUGUCCCUCCUACUAUAAGACUUAUAGAUCGUGACGGGUUGGUUACAGUGCAAGACCAACAUCCAGCUUGGUUGCCAUGCACUGCAUCAGGCAUUCCUGCUCCAACAGUUCAGUGGUUUAAGGAUGGCAGAGAGAUUAGUGGGAUUGGCUACCAGGUUCUUUCUAAUGGCACACUUCGAAUCACAUCCGUAGGUGUGAACGAUAGUGGUGUAUACGAGUGUGUUGUAUCUAACAAAGCAGGAACGACAGAAACAAACGUUACAGUCGAUGUACAAUAUCGUCCUCAUAUCACAAAGUUGUCAGGGGAUCAGUCUGUGCUACUUGAUGGCUCUGUGACACUACAGUGUUUAGCAGAUGGCAAUCCAUCUCCUCAAAUUGAGUGGUGGUCCAGAGGACAGCAGCUAAACAACACAAUAUUGGGCAUAUCAAUAAGUGACGACGGCACUUUAUUAACUCUUGACAGCGUGAAACCAAAAAGUGCAGGCUGGUACACGUGUGUUGCAACAAAUAGCGUUGACGAACGCCAACUCACUCUCAGAUUGAAUGUCAUUGAACCUCCUGUAAUUCUUACAACUACAAGGCAGGUGUCUGUAGAAAACAAUGCAGAAGCUUACCUUCACUGUCGGGUUCGUGCCAAUCCUCUUCCAACGUACAUCUGGUUAAAAGAUGGACGGACUAUUAAAAAAUCGGAUCCUCGAUUUAAUAUUUUGACCAAUGGUACUCUGCGUAUCAGCCCCGUUUUGAUUGAAGAUGAUGGUGUGUAUGAGUGUAUUGCAUCUAAUGCUGGUGGUUCGUCAAGGAGAAACACAACAUUGAAUAUCUUGUAUCCACCACGCAUAACAACUGGUCUCUACGAUCAAUCCGUUCUUGUUGGCUCAACAGUGAAUUUCAGUUGUGUUGCUGUGGGUAAUUGGCCUCCUACCAUUACAUGGAGCAAAAAUGGACGCUUUCUAAGUGAUGGACUACUGAACGAAAUUGAAGUUGAACCUGACUAUGAUACUGAACCAGAAGACAUUGUUGCGAUAACUGCUGAUGGCACUGACCUCACUAUCUUUGCAGUAAGUACAGAAGCUACUGGGUGGUACAGCUGUGAGGCAGUGAACAGGCAGGGUGUAGCAUCAUCUUCUAGCAAGCUGGAUGUAAUUGUGGGAGCUAAAUGCUUAUCUGGUGAUCAAACUGUUGAAUUUGUUGUGGGCAGGACUGCUUUGUUUCCAUGUCGAGCGACUGGCAUUCCCCCACCUACAACAGAUUGGCAGAGAAACGGUUUAUCAGUAGCUGGACAGCUUCGGUUUCGUUCAAAUCAAACUGGCUUUUUAUCAAUUAGUGAUGUAAGGGAGGACGACGGAGGUGUGUAUGCUUGCAAAGCUGAAAAUGCCGGUGGUCAGGUGACAUGUAGAACAAGAUUAGUGAUACUGGUGCCACCCGAGAUGACAAUUUCUCAGAUGGACGAUAGAGUUCUGGUUGGAACUGAUGUCACAUUGAGAUGCGAAGCUAGUGGCAAUCCCACACCUGUUAUGUCAUGGGAGAAAGAUGGCGAGGAGAUCAUACCUACAGAGAACCUCAUAGAGAUUUCAACCAAUGGAUCUCUAUUAACCAUUAGGAAUGUGACAACUGACAAUGCUGGGUGGUAUACUUGCACAGCGUCCAACAAAGUUGGCAGAGUUCUAUCAGGAGCACGUUUAGUCAUUAUUGUGCCACCUACAGUGAGAGUAGAUGAUAGAGUGAGGUACAGAGAAGGUCGAGUUGCUUUCAUGCACUGCCGUGCUCGAGGAAUUCCUACUCCUACAGUUGGGUGGCUUGUCGAUGGUGAGCCUGCACAGGGUGUCAAUGUGCGUUACAGUGUAUUGAAUGAAGGAACAUUAAGAAUCAGUGAUCUUAGACGAAGUGAUGCAGGCACAUAUCAGUGUAUGGCAACUAACGAGGGAGGUGAUAUCCGUGGGAAUACAACUCUUGAAGUUUUAUAUCAACCACUGAUAACGACACCUCCUCGUGAUAUAACGGUCAUCGAAGGAAAUGUAGUGAAUUUCACUUGUUUUGCUGAAGGCAUUCCCAAACCUGUUAUCUCAUGGCGGAAAGAAAGGCAACGGUUGAGGAGUGUUUCUGGGUCUGUGGAGAUAUCAGAAAGUGGCAACGUGUUUUCAUUAAUUAACGUCAAUCCUACAAAUGGAGGGUACUACACUUGUCUGGCUAUGAACGAAGUGGGUGAUGACAGGAGAGCUGCUCGACUUCGGGUCUUAGUUGUUCCUGCCAUUACAACUCCACAGCAGACUGUUCGGUUUGUGUUGAAGAGACCUGCUUGGCUACCGUGUGAUGCAGAAGGCACACCAGAUCCAGUCAUUCGUUGGCUGAAGGAUGGGAUUGAUGUUAGUGAUGAAGUACGUUACCAGAUUCUGACAAAUGGCACACUCUACAUCAACGAACUGCAGUUGGGUGAUGCGGGAGUAUUUGAGUGUGUGGCAACAAACGAGGGAGGAAAGGCAUCAGUCAAUGUCACAAUUGUUGUAAUGGUUUUACCAGCCAUACAUGUCAAGCACAUAACAAGUGAAGUACAAAGUGGCAGUUCCAUCGUAUUGGAGUGCAAGGCUACAGGAAAUCCUCCUCCAGUUGUGUCAUGGGAGAAGGAUGGUACUUUAGUGUUAGAGUCGGAUGACAUUCAAAUUGAGACGGUAGCUGGUACGAGUCGUUUAACAAUCAGCAAUGCCAAUCCCUCGGAUGCUGGAGUAUACCAGUGUGUUGGUGUAAAUCGAGUUGGCAGAGAUGGAGACUCAACAACUCUUUCUGUUAUCGUACCGCCCUCCGUUUACCACGGCAACACUACGACUACAACUUCAGUAGUUGUAACUCACACGGUCUGGUUAGACUGUCGUGUGGUUGGUAUACCUCCACCGACUAUACAGUGGUACAAAUAUGGGACAGAAAUAACGUUUCCGAGCAGUAAGUAUCAACUGCACAACAAUGGCACGCUGCGCAUAAAUAAUCUCGAGGUAUCAGACGCUGGAACGUACACGUGCGUUGCAACAAACAAGGGAGGAUUUGAUGAGAGGACAGUCAAUGUGUCCAUAUUAGUUCCUGCUAGAAUCGAAGAUACCGUCCGUGUAAAUCACAGAGUGGGUGAAAUGAGGACUGUCUACAUGACUUGUAAUGCUGUUGGGAAUCCCAUACCUCAAAUACGAUGGGAGAAGGAUGGGCAAACUAUUAGUGGUUGGCCUAGACAUACCAUAUUUGACAACGGGACGUUGAGAAUUGAAAACCUGCAAGCCGAGGACGAAGGAUUGUUUCUUUGCGUUGCUCGAAACAGACUGAACACUGACGUUGUUGAGCACAAACUUGACGUCACAAUUAUCCCUGUUAUACAAGUCCCAAAACCACCUGUUACCAAUCUUGGCUUUGCGGCCUAUCUCCACUGUCCAGCUGUUGGUGAACCAAAACCGGACAUUGAAUGGCGGUUUAAAGGUUCUACUAUUGAGGAUUCGUCUCGCUAUCGGACAUUCCCUAAUGGAACUCUAGUUAUCCUACAAACAACAGCAUCCGAUGCCGGUCAGUAUACAUGUGUUGCUACCAAUCAUGCUGGUAGGGAUACAGAGUUUGUCAACCUUAUUGUUAGAAUUCCACCAGAGAUAGUCGAUUUCGAGAGAAAUUCGACUGCUGAUGUUGGACAGACGAUUGAGUUGGAAUGCGGAAGUCGAGGGAUACCUCAGCCGCAGAUCACGUGGUUGUUCGAAGGUCAGCCGGUUGAUCUUACUAAUUCUCGAUUCACUUUGGAUAGUGACGGGACAUUGAGAAUUGAGGACGUGCGCGAACAUGAUUCGGGAAUCUAUACGUGCAGAGUACAAAACCCUGCUGGAGUAGAGAACCGCUCGGCAAUCGUGGAUAUAAAAUAUGGCGCUCGCAUUGCUAGCACAUCAUAUGACACUCGCAUUGAGGUGAACAACUUGGCCACUCUGGUCUGUGUGGCCGAAGGCAAUCCCUAUCCUGUCGUGACUUGGACUAUUAACGGACAACCAAUUCCUGAUAAUUCUCGCUAUAACCAACAGGACGUUGGCACACUAGAAAUCAAUAGGCUGCGAGCAGAUGAAGGAGGAUUAUACGAAUGCACGGCCACAAAUCGACUCGGUAGCAGGACGGUCUCCGUCAAUUUGACCGUCUUAGUUCCGCCGUCGGUUAGACGUUUCGAGCCCGACGACGACGAUUCCGAAUUCGUGCGCAUUGUCACCAAGGGUCGACCGCUGUAUCUCCACUGUCUGACGUCCGGGUAUCCGCCGCCUCAAAUCUCAUGGCUGGUCAACGGCCGGACGGUCGACCCGAACGAGCCGCGCUUCACCCUCUUCCGAAACGGCACCCUACGCGUCGACCCGGUGAGCGAAGAAGACGAGGGAAGACUCGAGUGUGUAGCGAGGAACUCGGUCGGACGAACAACAAUACAUUACAACAUUACCGUUUGGCUGCCGCCUGUCAUAGCACCGACUAGCUCACAGACGGUCGACGACGGCGAGACGGUCUUCUUGGUCUGUUCUGUGACCGGCAACCCGGAACCGUCGCUUGGAUGGUUUUAUGAGGGCACAGCGGUUGCUGAGCUCGGGAUUAAGCGAGUUAGGGUGGUUAACGGUCGUUUAAAGAUACGGACGAUCAAGCUGAGUGACGCCGGGACGUACAGUUGUGUUGCAAGCAAUGAGGUUGCUACUGCAAGGAGAGAGAUAGAAGUGACCGUGAGGACUCAACCUUCUAUCAGAAAAGUGACAAAAAAUACUGUCGCUUUGCACGGUAGUGCUAUCUACUUACAUUGUCCCACCACGGGCAAUCCUGCGCCGGAAGUCACGUGGAUAAAGGACGGAAAUGUGAUUGGCUUGCCCAGCCUUCGUCACGUUUUCUUCUCUAGCAACGGGACUCUAAAGGUAAUCAGCGCGGAAACGGCAGAUUCCGGUAGAUACACGUGCAGAGCGGAAAACGUGAGAGGCGCGGCGGAAGCGAAAAUGACCGUCACUGUCUACGUGCGACCGACAAUUACAUCAGGUCUCGUUGAUACGAAAGCAAAGCUCGGUGACGACGUUAUGUUCAAGUGCGUCGCGACGGGUACACCGGUACCGCGCAUACUCUGGUUGGUCGCUCCGUUGCUGCGAAGCUCGGAACGCCUCCAUCAGAUGGGCGACGGCUCGCUCGUCUUGAGAGACGUGAGACCGUCGGAUGCCGGCCUAUUCUCGUGUGUCGCCAGAAACAAAGUGGGAGAGGUCACCGACUCUGGAACCUUGACCGUUUUAGUCCCACCGAGCAUUAACUCUGUGCCUGCUGUACGGGUUGUGCAAGGGAAUACGGCCACACUGUCUUGUCCUGCACGCGGAAGUCUUCCGAUUCGCUAUUCGUGGUCUAGGCGAGGCGUCGCCAUUCGUCCGGGUGGCCGAUAUCAAAUCGACUCGAACAGUGGCUCACUGACUAUCAGAAACACUCAGGUUCGUGAUACGGGAAUCUACCAGUGCUCGGCGCAGAACGAGGUGGGUACGGCUCAACGGGCUGUUUCACUUUCCGUUCAGUCGCUCCCGCAAAUUGUGAGACCACGUGACCAGGUUUUGACGCUCGUUGAAGGUCAAUCGGUCGAAUUAGAUUGCCAAGCCGCGAGUAGUCCACCGCCCGAGGUCGUUUGGCUGAAGAAUGGACGAAGUGUGGACGGACUGGAGCGUAUCUUCGUGUGGGAGGACUUCUCAUUGAAUGUACGAAAUCUACAGGCCAGCGACACGGGUACCUACACGUGUGUAGCCACCAAUCCGGUCGGUAACGCAACACUCGAUUACAAAGUGACCGUCCAGUUCAGUCCACGUAUUCUGAAAGGGCCGAGUACGCAGACGGUGACACUCGGAAAGAGAGUGACAUUUUCGUGCGACGUCGUCUCUCAGCCGGUAGCGCGGAUAGCUUGGCGCAAAAACGGAUUCGAUUUUGUGCCUCCUCGAGGCGUGACGUCAUAUUCAAAUGGCACGAUUGUCUUUCAGUCAGUGAAGGAGACGGAUGCCGGCUACUAUCAGUGCUCUGCAUACAAUGCACUCGGGCAAGCGUUGUCAAAAUAUGCGAACUUAAACGUUCGAUCCGGUCCGAAGAUUGUCGAUGCUCCUCGCAACCAGUCGAUUACAUUGGGCUCGACGGUCACUCUUCUGUGCUUGGCGUCCGGGCUACCGUCUCCGCGCAUCAGUUGGACUUGCCACGGAAAGCUCGUGCCGUACAACUCUGUUAGUCACUGGCGUUUACGCAACGCGCUUCAGAUACUUUCCGUCGACGAGGAAGAUGAAGGAUGGUGUUGCUGCACGGCCGCCAAUCACGUCGGGAACGAAAAGCGUUGCGCGUACAUCGACGUUAUUGCUCUUCUUCAGAUAUCACUGAAAAGCCGACGGAUCGUCGUCACUCUCGGCGGCACCGCACUGAUUGAUGCUCGCGUGACCGGAGACGGUGCUCGGACGGUCGUUUGGACAAAGAACGGUGUCAUGCUUGACCGAAGCGUCCGCCAUCGUCAUCUCUCCAACAACAGUCUUCUCAUCGAAGACGUGAAGUUAUCCGAUGCUGGACUGUAUAGGCUUUACGCUACGAACGCCGCCGGUCGCACGGAGACGUCAGUCGAGCUCAUAGUUCAUGUACCUCCUCGUGUCCAGAGCAUGCAGCCUCAGACGACUCUCGUCGGCUCCACGACAGAGUUUCGAUGCUAUGCGACUGGUCAACCGUUGCCCAUGAUAACGUGGUAUAAGGACGGACGCAAAAUCGCGACCGGUGAUCGAUUCAUCGUUACCUCGUCUGGUCUCUUGCAAAUCUAUUGGACGGAACUCAGCGAUGCGGGCGUGUACAAUUGCACUGCAACGAGUGCAGCAGGCACCGACUCUGAGGCGGUCAUUCUAUCUGUACUCGAGGCUCCGAGAAUCGGCGGGUCGUCCGAACUGAGGCAGACGCUGAGACAGAACGACACGUUGACGGUGCCGUGCGUCGCUCUCGGCAGUCCUCGACCUCGCGUGACGUGGAGAAAGGACGGCGUUCUCAUCGCCGAGAUUCGCAACGGAGGAGGUCGAGUGUACGUGGACGAGAACAACACUCUCGUUAUUCGUCAGCUACAGGCGUCCGAUGCUGGUGUGUACGUUUGCAACGCGACCAAUGCAGCUGGAACAGACUUGAAGUCGGUGUCACUGACCGUGAGAUUGGUACCGACAACGAACACUCAAGUGAUCACAUCGCGUGGAACAACCGGCAGCGUCGUCACUCUCACGUGCGUCGUGGACGGUAUCAUCAACCCUAACGUUCACUGGACCAAGGAAGGUCGUCCCUUGCCCAACGAUCCCCGAUACACAGUCAGACACAUGGUCACCGGUAGCCAACUGAUUAUAUACGACGCGAGACGAGAGGACGGAGGCAACUACGAAUGUACCGCGACGGGCACGAGAACUACAAGCACAAUCACCGACCGGGUGAUUGUAGUCAAUCGGCCGGUGAUUGCGAGCAGUCAGACGAGUCUAAGCCGUUUAGUAGGCGAUAGUAUUCAAUUGAGUUGUAUUGCCACCGGCGAUCCUACUCCCCGUAUAACAUGGUUCAAAGACAACUCUCCGAUUCAGUACGAUUCUCGCCACGUCAGCGACGGCGCCGGGAAACUCACGAUUACUAACGCGCGCUCGACCGAUUCCGGCGUCUAUUCGUGUAUCGCGUCCAAUACUCACGGUAGGGCAACGCAUUCGAUCGAAGUCGCAGUGACCGGCGGCAAUUUCAAAGAGUACCGGGUCACUUCCGGGUCGGUGGUUCGCUUCUCGUGUAGACUCAGUUUCAACGGUAUUCCGUCGAAUGAUGUACGCUGGACGCACAAUGAGAUUCCGAUUGUGAGCGGAGGUCGUUACGCUGUCAAUCCGAGCGGGAUGCUCACGAUUAGUGGUGUCACUCAAUCGGAUAGAGGGAUAUAUAGAUGUUACGCAGAGAGUUCGACAACAGGUAGAGUUAUAGGCUCGGGAUGGGAUCUACGGGUGACUACUACACAGACGGUGUCGCAGUCGCGUUCCAGCGUCAUUUACAGUCCGCAGACGAUUACCAGUGCUUCUGCGUCGGUUGGUCAGAGCGUGGCGCUAACGUGUCCGUCGUUACUAGACGAUUUGUACAUACAGUGGUACAAGGAUGGGCAGCCCGUUAUUACUGGGAGUCGCUUCUCGUUGACAUCGAGCGGAGAACUGAGGGUAAACCAACUGCAGGCGGCAGACUCCGGCUCUUACGAGUGUCGAUCUCUCAACAAUCCCUCUCGUCGACACACCAUCGUUCUCGAUGUUAGAGGAGUCACUCUUGAACGUCGUCCUCUCAUCAGCAGUUCCGACAGUCAAGUAUCCGCCGCUGUGGGGGCUACCGUCCGCUUACCAUGCUCGGCUACCGGUUAUCCUCAACCGGUUGUGAGAUGGCGGCGAGGCAAUAAUAUGAGUCUGCCCGGUGGGAACAACCGAUUCUCUAUUACAUCAGACAAUACUCUGCAAAUUCGAUAUCUCUACGCGUCCGAUGCUGGAGCGUAUACUUGUACGGCUACCAAUGCUGUCGGCUCAGCCUCUCACAAGGUUACGGUCUCCGUUGAAGGUCCACCCAUUAUUGUGUCUUCACCGAAGCGUGCUCAUGUAGCAGCUGGCAGUUGUGCUCGUCUGACGUGUGGUGCACGCGGCUAUCCUCUCCCCUCUAUUUAUUGGUUUGUCGAAGGCGUCAAGAUCGAGAGCGUGGGGAAGUACAGCAUCAGUGAUGGUCGAGCUCUCACUAUUUGUCAGACAGACUGUGAUGAUGCAGCCAUAUAUGAAUGCCAGGCAUCGAACGCAUAUGGCAAUGUUUCAGCAGUAGCAAGUCUAACGGUUGCAGCACGUCCGACGGUCAUCGAGGGACCAGAAGCAGAAACAGUGAGUUUGGGAUCGGAUCUAUCUCUACUCUGUGCAGUGGCCGGAUGUCCAGUUCCCACUGUUUCUUGGUCAAAAGAUGGCAGCACUCUAACGACGUCAGGUAGAAUGGUGGUGACGGCUGACGGUACACUGAGUAUCAGUACUGUAUUGAGGAGAGACUCUGGGCGGUACACGUGCACUGCUAGCAACACAUAUGGAAAGGCAGUCUCCAGUGCUGAAGUUGUCGUAACAGCUCUGCCUACCGUGUCAUUGAGUCGUGGUCACACGACUGCUACUGGAGAGAUGAUGUCUCUACACUGCAUCACGUCGGGAUCUCCAGCUCCCGUCAUAAGAUGGUUAAAAGAAGGCAUUCAGAUUAACACAGACGACAGCUCUCGAUACAUUCUGUACGAAAACGGCACGUUGACUAUUGAUUCUUUACGGUUACAAGAUGAAGGCAACUACACUUGCAUCGCCAGCAACACCAUCGGUGCUGAUUCUGAUGUCAUUAGUAUUGCUGUUGAGGAUAAGUUGAGGUGUAGAGCAUCGCCGACUCGGCAGGAGGUUGUGGAAGGCAGCACGGUGCAGCUUUCUUGUAUCAGUGAUGGUGACGUAGAAUGGGUGAAGGAGGACCAGUUUGUUAGCACAAACCAGACGUUGACACUCGUUGGAGUCGAUACGAGCACAGCAGGUCAGUAUGAGUGCAGAAGUCAGUCUGACUCUGGUAACUGUACAGCCACAGCUUCGUUGGCAGUAACAAGUCGACUUGUCUCAGCAUCAGCAGUUGAUUACAUUACAGUUGAUGUUGGAGAUACGGUAACAUUUCCUUGUGCUAUUGAAGUAGCAGAGGCUUCGCCACCCGAAUGGUUCAAAGAUGGCAGCAGUUUGGAUACACAAGGACGAAUCACUGUGACAGCCAAUCGUUCCAUUGUGCUAUCCAACACACAGAAAGACGACGAGGGUAACUUUACAUGUCAAGGGCGUACUGGAUUGGGGGUAGCACAGUACACAGUGAUACUAACUGUGCAAGUUCCAGGAUAUUCCGUUUGGAAUAUGAGUGGUGCAGUUCGUGGGUCUAUCAAUGGUGAAAUUAUCAACAGUCCAUUGGAUGGAAAUGUAUCUUUUCGGCAUGGCACAGUGGCAACCAAAGUAUCACACGACUCUCCCUCUUUGUCGUCAAGUCUUGGUCUGUUGAUGCCAGUGUUGGCAUUUCCACUGGGAUGGCUAGUUGGAGUAGAAAAGAAUGGUGCAAGAAAUGGUCUUGCACUGACCAACGGGUCAUUCCUAGUUAACAGUGUUGUUCUCUUCCCUCAAAGUGAACGUUUGGAAAUAACACAGACAGUUACGAGAGAUGAAGACACACACGUUAAGGUUGAAAUCGUACUGAGAGGCAACGUUACACGAUAUAGAGGAAUUCCUCAUAUUGCCGCAUCAGACUACGUUGCUGUGCAGAGUGGUGACGGUCAAAUCAGCUUUAUUUCAAACCAUUUGUUCAGAGUGUCUAGUGUGAAUGGAGAACAAGCAUAUAGAGCCUACACAGACAUCACUUAUUCAAACGAGACUUUGUCGUUACCGCGAAGAACACAAGAGCUACUCAUUCUCAAGACAAAGUCAGCCAUCAACAGACGAGCAGUGGAUUUUGAAAUCAGUUGUGAAAACAGACUGGGUGGUAGAGAUUGUCCAAAUGGUUUUGAAGACAGCACUGAUGGCUACUGUCAAGAUGUCGAUGAAUGUGCCGCAGGCGUAUGCGAUCAGAGAUGCGAGAACCUUCCCGGAGCAUACAGAUGUUGGUGUGACUCUGGUUAUGCUUGGAAUCCUUCGACCGUCAGUUGCGAUGAUAUGGAUGAGUGUCAACGCUUCCCUUGUGACCAAAGUUGCGAGAACACAAACGGCAGUUACACGUGUGAUUGCAUUGCAGGAUACAAUCUCGGACACGACGGUGUCUCUUGUGAAGAUGUGAAUGAGUGUGAAACAAAUCCAUGUGAUUAUGGCUGUGUAAACGAGCUCGGAAGCUACAGAUGCACGUGUCCUAGUGGAUAUCUUAUAAUGGGACACAACCUGUGUCAAGAUCUCGAUGAGUGUGCUUUGUUGCAACCGUGUGAUUACCAGUGUGAGAACAUGGAAGGAUCUUUCAAUUGUAGUUGUCCGGAUGGAUAUCGAACUGGCGACGACGGCAGGACUUGCAUAAAUAUCAACGAGUGUGAAGAGAAUAAUCCAGACUGUGCAAACCAAUGCUUCGACACAUACGGAUCAUACCAAUGCAUCAGACAGGCUUGCCCCGACAACUACCCAUUGAAACAAGAAGGAUUAUGUCUGAGGAACUGCUCGGAUUCGGAGGUGCCCUGCAAUGGGGCCGUCGUCUUAAAACCUCUAGCUCUAAAGCGUCAUCACCCAUAUAAUACGUCCGUAAUGGCGCUCACUGCGCUCGAUCGAUUCGGACGAGAAUCGAGUGGCAAGCGUCUGUAUCAGUUUGCUCAGGGAAACGACAACGGUGCGUUUGCUGUGCAAGAGGAGAGUGACGGCAGCGCAUCGCUCGUGCUUGUAAGAGACUUGGAACCGGGUUCUCUUCGCUUGCAAGUACUCGUGUUCUCGUUCCUCGACGACAGCACGGUUGACACCGUGACUGUACACCUCAGUCUCGUCUUUGUGUCACAAUAUGCAUUUUAGUAAAGAAGGAAUCCACGUUAGUCAUAUCUAUUGAAGAACAUGCCGAGAGACAAGAGAUGUCAUAGCACAGGGGAUGAUUGGUAUUACAUGUGUCAGUAGAGUGAGGAUCUCCGGGUCAAUGUCGUAGUCAUGCACUUAAUACAAUACAAUACAACAGAGUGGUCAUACUA